AUGGAGAAGUCCAAAGCGAGAUUAGACUCGCCAGAAAGAGCCAGUUCUGUAGCAUCCAGAGGAACAAUAUCACACGACAGCAGCCAAGAAAAGCUUGACGACAUGGAAAAGGCAUCAACUGCUGUCGGAAGCCCGCAAAGCUCACCACUUGAACAUGACAACAACUUUAAGCCCGAAGCUGAUCUGGAAAAACUACCCGGCCAUGGCAAGCCCCGACGAGAAUCUGCUUCGACCAAAUUCGGCGGAGAAGAGGAGAACCCCAACGUUAAUGUAUCCUUCCACAGACCUUCGACGCCCUCGACAGUCCAUAAAAUCAAGGGAGCAACAUAUCAAAACGUCGGGGAAAACGGUAUCAAGAGGAUGCACAAGUUCUCACUUUACGAAACCAGUACCCGCUUCUAUCUCAUUGGUGCCGAUAUUACCGAUAGGCAGUUUCGUGUCUUGAAAAUCGAUCGGACAGCUGCUCCUGGGCACUUGAGCAUAUUUGAAGAUGAUAUAGUAUACAGCCGUCGAGAGAUGCAUCAGCUUUUGGACACAAUCUCCGAUGGCAACAGGGCUACCGGAGGCAUGAAACUCAAAUGUAGUACAUGGGGUUUACUUGGCUUCAUCCGGUUCACAGAAGCUUAUUAUAUGCUCUUGAUUUCCAAGAGAUCGCAAGUCGCCAUGCUUGGUGGCCACUACGUCUAUCAAGUCGACGGUACCGAAAUGGUGCCUUUGACGACUGGUUCAACGUCGAGAUAUCAAAAGGAUAGGAACCCGGAAGAAGCGAGGUUUCUGUCGAUUCUGAACAACAUGGACCUCACAAGAUCAUUCUACUUCAGCUACUCUUACAACAUAACGAGGAGUUUGCAGCAAAACAUCAUCCAUCAACGGGCGGCGAUGAACGAAGGCAUCUCCAACCCCGACCGUGACUAUCAGGACAUGUUUGUCUGGAACCACCAUCUUUUGAACCCUGCACGAGAUGCUCUGAGGAAUGUAUAUGAUUGGUGUCAUCCAGUCAUCCAUGGCUAUGUUGAGCAGUCUUCACUUGAUGUCUUCGGUCGCCGUGUGUAUCUUACCAUCAUUGCCCGACGUUCAAGAUUCUUCGCUGGUGCGCGAUUUCUGAAGCGAGGUACGAACGAUCUUGGCUAUGUCGCCAACGAUGUUGAGACUGAGCAAAUCGUCUCUGAGCAAACUACGACUUCAUUCCAUGCUCCGGGACCACGGCUGUACGCAAAUCCCACUUAUACAUCCUAUGUGCAGCACCGCGGAAGCAUACCGUUGUAUUGGACACAAGACAAUACAGGUGUGACGCCAAAGCCAGAUAUCGACCUCAACCUCAUCGAUCCAUUCUACAGCGCUGCUGCGUUACACUUCGAUAAUCUGUUCGAACGAUAUGGUGCCCCGGUCUACGUACUCAAUCUGAUCAAAGCUCGAGAGCGUACACCGAGAGAGUCUAAGUUGUUGAUGGCGUACAAGCACGGUAUUGACUACCUCAACCAGUCCUUGCCUAAAGACAAGAAAAUCAUAUACGAGGCAUUCGACAUGUCCAGGGCAUCUAAGACUAGAGGCCAGGAUGUCAUUGGCUCGCUGGAAAGCAUUGCCGAAAAGGUCUUGCGAAAGACGGGAUUUUUCCGGAAUGGUGAUGAUGAGUUUGAUUCUCCGCAAGUGCAGAACGGAGUUGCGCGCACCAACUGCAUUGACUGCUUGGACCGGACCAACGCUGCUCAAUUCGUGAUUGGGAAACGGGCGCUGGGCAGACAACUACAGGCACUUGGAGUUAUUUCGGGGAAUACUGUAGAAUACGAUUCCGACUGUGUGGAGCUGUUCACUCAGAUGUUCCAUGGCCAUGGCGAUACCAUCGCCAUUCAGUAUGGUGGCUCGCACCUGGUCAAUACUAUGGCUACAUACCGAAAGAUCAAUCAGUGGCAGAGUAGCUCACGCGAUAUGAUGGAAAGCUUCAAGCGCUAUUACCAUAACUCUUUCCUCGACUCGCAGCGUCAAGAAGCCUACAACUUGUUUUUGGGAAACUACGUCUAUUCGCACGGCCAACCGAUGCUUUGGGAUCUCUCUACUGACUACUAUCUCCAUCAUCAGGUCCCACAGUCUUUUCUCGGGCGAAGCCGACGAGAUUAUAUUAAUUGGUAUACGGCCUCCCAUCUCCAGCAACGUACAUUACCGCCCUCUAUCACGCCAGCUCGCUCAAUGCAAGAAUCAGCGUUUGACUUUGUAAGCUUCCGCGAUGACUAUUGGCUUGAAUAUUACCGACCGCUAGCGAUUUCUUCUUACCUCAAGAUUUUCGCCUUCAGGUUGGCAAAACCAAGGCCAGGACGUGACAGGGACGGAACAUUGCCAGCCCGCAAAGAUAACAUGUCCCCGUUUGUGCCCCGUAAGAAGCAGCAGGAGUACGAUGCGCAGGCAAGGGACGGAAAGAAAGCGCCUCGGAAGGGUGUCACUAUCAUUGACCCGUCGAGUGAGACUGAUUCCAGGGCCAGACGGAGGGAUCCACAUCUCAACAUGCAUCACGUCCCCCACACAAACUCGCCAGUCCGACACUCGAUUCUCAGAGACCCUCACUUUGAAACCCAUGGCCCACCUUCCAUGGCAUCGACGUACCAAUCCAUGAACAACUCAGGCUCCAUAUCAACUGGAUUAUCAUCAACCCUCCGACCGGGUUUCAAGCCCGCUGAUAAGGCCCUAGUCCACCAAUGGACGCUGACACAAUUCUACGAAAACAGCAUGAACCCAUCUGUAUCGCUAAACGAAGAACACGAAUACUCGCGCUACAUUGAACACCCGCUCAACCUGCCCCUCGUCGUCAGCAGCGAAAUGCCAAGUGCAGACGACCCCAGCGCAAUGGAAUUCUACGACUACCUCUCCAUGACCGAAGGCAGCAUACCCGCUCCCAAGGACUUUGACGAAGACGGCAUUCAAAUCACCCUUGGCGACUUCCCCCGCCACGACAACACAGACGCCGCAUCCGUCCGCUCCUUCAAUCGCCCCAUGACGUCGCAGUCGGUCAGCACCCCCUUUUCCCACGCGCCUUCUUAUCCGUACCCCCAGUCUUACGGCUUCCAUCCUCACGCUUACAAUAAUGUGCUGCCGCCGCCGCCGCAACCGCAGUCUACAGGCAACAAGUUCCAGACGCCAGAAGAGGAUAUCGAGGAGUUUGAGGAGUUUCUGCGGGUCAAGGAGAAUCCGCUGGAUGUCGAGGAGGAGGAUACGGCGAAGAAACGGUAUAAGGCUUACCGGCAGUGGUUGAGAGGUAAGAGCUUCUUCAAACAGAGUAAGGUCGAUCCGGAGUGGCAGAAUCAGUUACCUGUGAGAUGA